ACCAAACCAAGGAAGUUACAAACACAAUACUACCAUACUUGUGGAUGGAACAACGGAUAUGUUUUCUAAGCGAUGGCUUCAUCAAAACGGUUCUAUCAACUUUAAUCGGAUCACUUUUAUUCAAAGCUUGAUCAUCACCAUUGUCAACCCUCAACCUAUGUAUCGAGUUGGAGAUCUAUUGUUCAUCAAGAUUGUGGCUAUAGACUCGGAAGGGCGACAAAAAUCCUACGGUGGAGAUUUUCUUCGUACAAAACUGUACAGCAAAUAUCCAGUUCAAGCUAGCACAUCCGGAAUAGUGACUGAUUACGGGAAUGGAACCUACAUCUCACGUUUUUUACUAAGUUGGCCAGGACAUCUCUCAUUGUCAGUCAAACUUAUACACUCCAGCGAGGCUGUGCAGGUCCUAAAGAAAAUUCGCGAAAAGUUUCUUCGGCGGCUUAUGAAGUGUAGUUUCCUACAGAAGGGUAGCAAUGUUUCUGAGUGGGUGCCUUGUACUUUUAAUAUCAAUAAGAGCCUAAAUCUCCGUGAUGUUUGUGACUUUUCAAAACCACUCAUUAAUGUGACAUUUCACUGUCAGCGUCCAACAUCCAGUCCCUGUGAUUCCCUUUCAAUGUGCAUACGAGAUCAACAGAGAACUAAUAAACUUUUCAAGCCCGUCUUCGCUCGUAAUAAUGAAUCAAAUACAACCUUGCACUACCAAUUUCACCAUUUUCCAUUAAAUCAAGCGAAACCUAUAAGUGUUAAUGAUCUGUACUAUGUGGCUGAAAGAAUUGAUAGUAUUAUUGGUGGGCCAAAUGUCGUUAUAAUUCUAGGUUUGUGGGGUCACUAUACAGCUGAGCCGAUUGAAACAUUCCGUUCGCGAGUUUACGGAGUUCGUCGUGCGAUAGAACGUAUGCACCGUCGUUAUCCUGAUACAAAGGUUAUAUGGCGAACAAGUAACGUUCGAGACCAUGUUAGAUUUUUUCACUUUGUGGAAAACAGCGAUUGGUAUGCACACGAGUUGAUGUUAGAAGGCCAAAAAAUCCUUCAAGGUGUUAACAUUUCAAUUAUAGAUGUCUGGGAUAUGUCAGAGUCUAUGUGGCAUGAGCCCAUAAUGCAUCCACCUGAGGACGUAGUUGAAAACCAUAUAAAUAUGUUGCUAUCAUAUAUCUGUCCCUUGUAAACUGAUAAAAAACGAGGGUGCCUUGCAGAGAUUACCAGAUAAGAUUACGAUCUGGCAUAAGUUCGUUAACUAAACAAAAAGAAGUGCCUAUAAAAUAUGCGUUUUAAAAAAGCAACUCUUACGGCCAUAAGGUUUUGAUAAACAUAAUAUAAGGGGAUUGGACAUUACU